CAAGAGCUACCAUACCAUUCUGACUCUCGCGUCCGUUAAGUGAACACUAUCAAGUUUUAUCUCUAUCAUCGAGUGUCUUCUUAGCCCAAAAAAAGGACCCCAAAUGGAUUCCAAAAUUGCUCUUUUCGCCUUCGUGGUCGCGAUUGCUGUUUUUCUACCAUCAGCGAGUGCUCACAGGUGUUACGCAUGUAACUCCGUUGAUAAUAGAAACAAUGAAUGUCAAACGCUAACCGGCAUACAACCCUCUGAAUGCAAUAGUCAAUCUUUGACAACUCUUUCCCAGGUUCAAUUUCUUGAUCCAAUAAGACAAAUUUUCCAGGUGGCAGAAAACCAAUACGGCAUUAACGAGUGGCAGUGUGCAAAGAUUGUCAUUACUGACAAUAAUAGUAAUAGUCGGCAAUACAACACCACCAUCCGUACUUGCUAUCCCAAACUUGAUAUGAGCUUUUGUGAUCAGACAAAGUCGAGACUUCAAAAUCAACGUUUAAUGGUGGACUGCAACUUAUGCUCUGGGGACGCGUGCAAUGGUGCAUCUUCAAUGAGUUUCGCUCUUCUUCCCAUUUUGGGAAUUUUCGCUCUGAGCUCCUAUAUUCUCAAAGCGUAAAUUUCAAAAAAUAAUAAUUUGGACCUCUUGGAUUUAUAUCCCAUUGGUUCCGUGAUUUUUUCAAACUUUAGUUUCACAGAAUUUCUUUCGAGGAGAGAAUGCGAGCGCUGCGCUGAUUAAAUGUACUUCAGAAUUUUUUACAUGCCUUUACUGCCUCAGAAAAAAACUAACAGCAUGUACCACUUACUCGAUUCCUAAGUUACCGAAAUUUGUAUAAUAACUCACGUCCAGACAAAUUGAGAUAUCGAAUUAAAAAUUUGAGAAUUGAAAUACAGUAGACUUUCACUAAACGACCGUUGCUCGGGAUCGAGGUCAUCAUCAAGAACCCACGCGGUUAAGACACGUCCUAAGGGCUUGGCGGGAAAUAUCUCUGAGGAAUUGGCUGUAAGGAACUUUUGGUUCCUAAAUUUUUCAAAUUAACAAAUAUUCUGUUUGUAAGGUAGGAUUCGGGUAAGUGGUACAUGUGCGUUUAUGAAAACUUGAUUUAAAGGAAUUAAGAGUAACUCCAAAGAGACGCUUAGAAUUAGUUUUAUAAUCAUUGUCUAGUAUUCAAUUCCACUCGAUAUUUUGGGAGUUCCUUUGUGUUUUGUGAUUAGUGAGUAUACAAAAUGAUAAAAUAGCGUGAGUUCGAACAGUCCUAUAGAAGAGUAAUAGUCAAAACUAGAUGAUGUUGUGUGAUAAACAAAAGAUUAUUUUCGUAUGUACUCUAUAAAGUAAUUUUUACUUUACUGGUAGUAUUUGCGCUCGCAAGGUUCACUCUGUUUCGUUUCAUCAUUAGAUCGAAAAAUUUGGCCUUCUCAUAAUGGGAAUUUUCAAUUUUGUAAUCG